AUAUCCUCAGAAAUAAAUUUCUAAAGAAUCUUGCCCUAGAGUUAGAUCUUCGGAUCAGCCACAUAGAUUGCUGGGGAACAGAAUGCGUCACCGGUUGCAUCAUAAACGAAUUCGGAUGUUAAAAAACAAUGGUUACGGAUGAGUUUGGCGAAGCAUUUUGCAGGGUCACGGUAUGACCCGAGGUGAGCCUUCUUUAACCGACGCCAAAAGUUAAGUUGAAUUAUUGAUGCAUGACAUGAUUUUGAUACAAGGCAUCACGAUAAUGCCAGCUCCAUAUGACAAUUCAUGUCGGCAUGAAUUGCCUGAGCUAAAGAAGCCGUGAAAAAAGAAUUAUUUGAAAUUUGGGCCUAAAGCCCAUUCAAUACUGAGUUAGAAGGCCCAUCAAAAGCCCAAAAAAGAAAUGCAUAACUGCCUUACCCGUCCUUCAUUCGUCUCCUUCAAUGCCACCAAUCUCAAGUUGCCACGUGUCUCAUUUUCCCGCCAAAAGCUUCCCUCCUCUUAACUGCCCAUCUCUGCCUCCCCCAGCCAAAACCAUCAACGGAGAGCUCCCUUCAACUCUCCAAGCAAGGCUCCAUCAAUGACGGCACCCCCACUGCUCAUCUCCCUCGCUCUCCUCCUCUCUCUCGUAGGCCGUUCCCUCUCGCUUCCGUCUGCCUCCAUCACCGAAGCCACGGAGGUCCUCUUGAAUUCGGGCUUUGUUUCAAUGGCACUAACCCUCAGCCUCGUCUCGAAAUCCCUUACAACUCCACAGGUCCCUUCGGUCACUGUUUUCUCUCCCUCCGACGAGACGUUUGCUCGAUCAGGUCAGCCGCCGCUGUCCCUCCUCCGGUUCCACUUCUGCCCCCACUCACUCCCCCUUGAAACCCUCCGUGCCCUCCCCUUGGGGUCCAAGAUCCCGACGAUGGAUGCAAAUCACUCCCUCGUGGUCACCACAUCUCCACCCGCUAGCAGUACAGAGAUCAAUGGUGUCAAGGUUGUGGGAUCUGCAGUCUACGAUGACGGGCACUUGGCAGUCUUUGAGAUCGAGAAGUUCUUCGAUCCCCAGUUCCGGAACCAGGGCCCAUCUCCAAGCCCGAGCCCGAGCCCGAGCCUGAACCAUCUCCGAUGUGCGGCGUUGAAUGAGAUUUAUCCAACCGGAAUUGGAUCACAUGGCGGGUAUUGUUUCAGGGAGCCCAAUGUGUUGCUGAGAUCGACAGGAUACUCUGUCAUAGCUUCAUUUCUUGGGAUGCAGCUGAUGGAAUCGAAAGACCAAGAAAUCAUGCCCUUGACGAUAUUCGCCCCUCCAGAUGAAUCACUGACAAGUCAUAUCGGCAACUUCACUGAAUACCCUUCAGUGUUUCUUCGGCAUGUGGUUCCCUGCAAACUCUCUAUAAGCGAUCUGAUCAGUUAUAGUAGAGGGACUACUCUGAGGACGAAACUGGAAGGUUUCGUGAUUGAACUCGACAGAAUCGGUGAUUCCAUGACACUGAAUGGAGUUCUAGUUACUUUCCCUGACAUGUAUAGCAGUGAGUGGCUUAGCAUUCACGGAGUCGGUGGCAUUCUUGUGCCAGCAGACGGCAAUGCUCCAGGCACAGAAUCUCGUCCCAAAGAAUAGGUCGGCGGCGUGGAGGCGGCAUGAUGAGAUGUUAAACAGUAUUAGAGUUUUUUUCUUCCUGUACGAUGUACGACUCCUCUCUCAUUCGAAUAAAGUUUCUGCAUUCGUUUUCUGGGUUGCUAGAUAUGCUCUGAUUUCAUGGGUUUCACUUCAUAGUGUAGAAGAGGAAUCAAGACAGAUCACCCUUGGCUGAACAAAACCUAUCUUUCAAGUUUAUAGAAAUGUUUCAUAAAUUUGCAUAAUCGUGAACCUUGCUAGCUCGACAUGGCAAAGCAACACACAAUCGAUCCUCGAAGUUUCAGCCAUAAGCAUAUCUUGAACGUACUCCCGAACAAACUCCAGGUAUCAAACUGAGGACCACAUCUCUUCUCAUCGAUCAGGAACUUUUGACUAGCUUAAUUGCUGCACUUACCUUGCUGUUUCUAAUGAUCCAUGGGAGACUCUCUCUCUUAGAAUGUGCCCUUACUCUUGACAACACCAGUUGCAAAUCCGGCCUAUGCAGAAGAGCAGGAAUCUUUCUUGCCAAUUCAAUAGUCAGGAACAAAAACAAAAGAGCACAAUCUGAAAUCGAAAAGGAACAAAGAAGUGAACUCUCUUGCUGGUAAGCAACUGGACAACGGCCAGAUUAUUCAUUGGCUGCUGAGAAUUAUCGUAUUCAGAUUAAAUGAUAUGGAUCAGAUGAAAAAAACUAUUACAUGGUCGACAUACGCAAUAUGAUCCUUUCGAAUAAGAAUCUUCACUUCUUUGGACUACUCGCAUAAACAAACUUCACAGUGAAGGGCACUAGACUAUUAAUUGGUCAGAGCACUUGUCCGGAAAGAAAGCAGCACGACCUCAAGUUAGUGUUUCUUAGAUCAUCCACAAGCAUGAAUAUCAAACUUAUCAUGGAGAUGGCAGCUUUGAGACUGGAAGCAGUAACAGAUGAUAGAAAGAAUAGUUUCUAAGCACUUCUUCAGGAUUCAAGGUUUAUCAAUACCACACAACAAUCAUAAUCACCAACAUGACUCACAUGACCUGAGCGAGAAUUUAAGGAACAAGACAGUUCGCCAAGAAUUAGAAA